AUGCUCAAACUUGGUUUUACAAUGGAAGAAUUAAUGUUUCCAGAAAAUUAUCAAUCUAAUUUUCUUUUUAAUAUUGAAUCCAAUUGUUUACUAGAUAAACUUGGUAAAAUGUCACCAAUUUAUGAUUAUCAAGAGCAGAUAACUAUAGACGAUGAUGAUUGGUUCACGAUUAAACAACUUAAUUCUGAAACGUCGUCAAAUAAUAAUAAUAUGAAUCUUGUCAGUGAUCAAACACUCUCCGUAUUCGAUAUUUUUUCGGAUAACUAUUAUGUUGGUCAAGUAAAAUCAAUGGUUGAACUUGAUGGUACUAUUACUGCUUUACUUUUACCUAAUCUAUCGAUUCAAGUUGCUCGUGAUAAAAAUAAUACUUCAUUAACAUCAGAUGUGGUUUCGAUUACUUCUUCAUCUCCUUGUGAUCAACGAUUAUUGACAACAACAACUAAUACGAUUAUUCAACAAAAACGACAACAACAACCACCGAAUAAACAUAUGAUGUCUAAAUCAACCUCGUCUUUAUCUUUUUGUACACAUUCAUCAACAUCAAUGACAAGUAAUAGUGCUGAUGAAAUGAGUUCAAAUUCAAAUGACUUAAAUGAAAUAACAACUGUACAUCAUUCUACUGAAUCAGCGCAACAACUAUCUCAUCAUUAUAAACAUAAUAGAAGUAUAAGUGACGAUUCAUUAAAUACAAGUAAUAGACGUCGUCGUAAAAGAACUAUCUUCAGUGCAGCUGAUAUUGAACAUCUUAAAGAAGCAUUUAUUCAAAAUCCUAAACCAAGCCAACAAGAUAUUGCUAUUUUAUCCGAACAAUUAGGUCAUGAUUCUUAUGUGAUUCGUGAAACAACAUCUGAAUGGAUAUUUGAACUACAAAAACAAUUUGCUGAAGACACAGCUAAAUUUAAGGCCCAUAUUAAUAAACUAAAAGAUGAAUUGCAUAAAAUUAAUGUUGGAAUUAAAUCAACGAAUGAAAUUUUGAAAUCUUCUAGUGCACUUAUGGCAUCAGCUACUGCACAGAUGGCAUCAUCUCGGAAAUGUACAGCUUCCUGUUCUACUAAAAUAGAAUCAGCAACAUUAAAAAAGAAAUUAGCAUUGAAAGAGAUGAAUGAAAUACAAACAAAGAUUAAUAAAACUAAAGCAUAUCGUGAAGAAACAGAUAAGUAUUGA